AUGCCGAAGCAAGAGUUCGACAACCUGGACUUGUUGGCCGCCUUGAUCUGCUUCGUCCUUUUCUUCCUUUUCGUCUUCGUCACCUCCGUCACCUGCAUCAACUACUGCUGCAUUCACGAUCACGACGAGUUGACUGUUUUGGAAGAAGUUGGUCCUUUUUGUACCUUUUCCCCUUUGUUUUUUACGGAUUUUCAAAGACUAAAGGCGAAAAAAAUGGAAGAAAUGUAAUCUUUCCUUCCAAUUAUACAGACUAAAUGAAUGAAGCCAGCGAAAUUCCUUUUUUUCAAGAAAAUAAAUUUUUUUAUUUUUUUAAAAAUAGCUUAAUUUUUUUCAAAAGUGCUCCUAUUAACAUAGAAUAUGUAUCAAAAAAACUAAUUAAUUUUUCUUGAUUUUUUUCAGAUAAUUUGUAUGAAAAUAGCUUUUUUUCAUAGAGCUUCUUAUGUUUUUUUAAAGCCGCAAAAAGCUUUCCAUUUCCUAAAAUAACCCUGGAAACAGCUCUUCGCCUCAAGACCUUUAUUAAAAAUCCGCUCAUGCUCCUUUAAAAAAAUUAGACUCGGAUUUUUCCUUCAAAACAAUUUUUUUCUGAUUUUUUUAAGCAAAAGUUAUUGAAAUAUUCACAAAAAAAUUUUUCUCCUGCUAAUUUAUUUCUGUAGUUCUUUCACAAUAUCUUGCUUUUUUUGAAAUUUAAAUAUUCUGAGAAAAAUUUUUUUCUCCAAAUUUUUUUGUUGAUAAACUUACUAUUUUUUUCAAUUCUUAAGGUCUGAAAUCUAUGGGAAAAAAAGUUGAAAAUGGCCGAAAAUUUAGAUGAAAUUGAUACUAGUCUUUGAAAAAAAUGAAGAAAAAAAUGAAAAAAAUCUGCAUGAAUUUUGAAAAAAAUUUUUUUGCAACUUUAUGAAAAAAAUUUAACUCAUUUCUACACGCCGAGUGGUCGGUCUCCUCUUCCGCUCUCGUUUUGAGUGUUAAUAAUCCGUCGUCCGCAAGCCCUGGACAAGCUGGACGUCGUACUGCUCCUACAUGGCGAAGCACCUGUUUGUUGGGACGCUCAACGUGAGAACAUUGCUCUCCAACGACAGACUCGUAGCCCUCGAGAACGCGGUCAGGUUGGUGAACUUUGACAUCAUAGGCCUCUGCGAAAUUCGCCGGGCCGGCACUGGUAGCCUCGUCUUGAAUGACACCAAGCACAUACUCUACUACCACGGAACAUCAUCUCAAGCAGGAGUAGGGUUCCUUGUGCACAAGGACUUGGCUACCAGUGUUGAGUUCACACCUGUUAACGAUCGCCUCGCUUUCAUCGAUGUCAAGCUCAAGAAAGAACGUAUAAGAAUUUUCCAAGUGUACGCUCCAACCACGGAUUACGCCGAUGAGGUAUAUUCAAUGUUCCUAGAGGACCUAGAGAAGGCUCUGAGUCACCUCCAACGUCGUGAUCGGCACCCGGGGGCGGACGUGACUUAUUCCUUGACUUUAGGUGACUUCUAUGCAAAAGUUGGCAGUAAGAUCGACACCGAAUCCUCUCUCGGUUGCCAUGGCGUUGGAGUCCGUAAUAACCGUGGGGAAACUCUUUUAGAGUUCUGCGAGGCGAAUGGGCUGAGGAUCUGGAACACCUUCUUCAAAAAGCGUGUUAACAGAAAGUGGUCCUGGAAAUCUCCUGAUGGCAUCACACACAAUUCAAUAGACUACGUCCUCGCGGACCGUCGUUGCCCGAUUUACGACGUCGAUGUCAUUGCCAAUUUCCAGUAUAACACCGACCACCGCCUCAUACGAGCAAAAAUGAAGCUGAGCUCACGUCACGUGAAUAAACGCGCAACCUCUAAGCGUGUUUUUCACAAAUCUCUCUUCGCGUAUGCCGUCGAACAAAUAUCCAACGAACACAGACCGCAUACGUAUGAAAGAUUGAGAAACGUUAUGAGCAGAGCUUCAAAAAUUGCAACGACCUACGAACCGAUCCCUUGUCGGUUCUCCACGAAGACUCAAGGGCUCUUCAAGAAACGUCGUCUCCUUAUGUCGAAAACCAACACGCCUUCUGGUCGACUCGAGUUCUGCUUAACUAACAAAGCACUCCGCAUCUCGAUGAAGGAUAGAAGAUGUCGCGGAAACUGUUCAGAAGUUUUAUAAUACUCUCUACACCUCGUUGGACAGUUCUCCAGCCCUGAUCUUACCAUCUCAAGAGGACUUCGCUCCGAUACUGGAUGAAGAAGUUCGUGCGGCGUUGAAGAAAGCUAAAAGGAACAAGGCUCCUGGGCCGGAUAUGAUCACUCUGGAGAUGCUUCUCGCAUGUGAAGAUAUCGUCGUUCCACACCUAGUGACGAUGUUCAACGAAAGCCUCACGAAUGAAAGAGCUCCACAAUCUAUGCCGGACUCUGUCGUGCGACUGCUCCACAAGAAAGGAAACUGCCUGGACAUAGGAAACUACCGACCAGUAGCACUAUUGUCCGUCGUGUACAAAUUGUUCACCUCGAUACUUCGAAGAAGAGCUACGCGUGAACUAGAGGCUGCUCAACCCAUCGAGCAAACUGGUUUCCGAUCCGGAUUCUCGACAUCGGAAAACACCCUGGUCGUGACCGAGAUGAUCCAGAAGUCUCAGGAAUACAAGUUUCCCUUGUACCUGAUGUUCGUCGACUACAAGAAAGCCUUCGAAUCUGUGGAGUUCGGCUCUCUCUGGACGGCUCUCAGCGAGUUUGGAGUCCAUUCGAAGAUCGUUAUGACUCUGAAAAACAUCUACGAAGAAGCAGAAGUCUCUGUCAGAAUUCGAGGACAAGAUGUACCAGUUCGAAUACAGAAAGGAGUGCGUCAAGGGGACACAAUUUCCCCAGACUUGUUCAACGCCACCCUCGAGCACAUUUUUCGAAGGCUUAACUGGGAGAGCUAUGGAUUUUCUGUGAACAAAACGACUUUGACGCACCUUCGUUUUGCGGAUGACGUGGUACUGUUUGCAUCCAGUGCGCAGAAGAUCCAAGAAAUGGCUAACGAGUUGGCGAAAGAAAGCAAGAAGGCCGGCUUGGAAAUCAACUUCGCGAAAACGUUCAUCAUGGCUAAUCGAGCCCAAAGAAAUGUCGAGAUUAGAAAUCGAUUGCUUCUGCUCGCCGUCAUCAUUUUUUGUUUAUACGGAAACGUGGCUUAA